AUGUCGCCGGAAGAGCUGGAUGCUCUGCUCAAUGCGCCGGCUUUGGAACCACCUCCAGAUGUCACGCCAAUGUUCGACAGCCCUACAAACCGGAAUGAUCAUGCCUGGGGUAUAACCACAGUCUGCAUGCUCGUUGCAACGCUUUGCCUCUGCCUGCGGUGGUACGUUCGGAUAUGGUUGGAUAGGAAAGUUCGGGUCGAAGAUGUUAUGGCGAUCUGUGCCUAUGGUGCUCACUGUGGAACCGCAUAUGCCGCUUAUGCGUUGAUUGACGUGCCAGGCUACUAUGUCCAUACAUGGAAUCUCCGUAACAAAGAGAUGGUUCGACCCCUAUAUUUGAUUCUCAUCUAUGGAUGUUGUUACUCCGUAGUCCUCCCCCUGAUCAAGAAAUCCAUUCUGUUGGACUGGUGUAGAGUGUUUGUUCCCAUUGACAGGGUCAAGAGCCCUUUUUGGUGGGGCUGCAUCGCUAUGGCCUGUUUUCAGUGUCUCUGGGGAGUCUUGUGCAUUAUCCUUUUGAAUACUCAGUGUCUCCCACACCGAGCCAUUUGGGAAUUUUAUCUUCAAAGCAAAUGUUACUCUCUUCCAAACGUGAUGCUCUGCUCAGCCAGCGUACAGGUUAUUUCUGACGUUACCAUGAUCUUGUUACCGCAGAGGAUUAUCUGGAUCCUGCAAACGAGCCGGAAGAAACGGCUUGGGAUUUCGGUCAUCUUUGGAGCCGGUAUUUUAGCCUCAAUUGCGGCGUGUAUUCGUCUAGCCCAUACAGUCGCAUUUGCCAGCCAGCCCGACAGUAUCUACUUGAUCGGGCCUCUUCUGUUCUGGGCUGAUGCCGAGAUGACUUGCGGCUUCUUCAUUUUCAGCGUUCCCUGUCUUUCGAAGCUCAUCAUGGAAUCCGGUAUUUGGCAAAGGGUUUUGAGUGCGCUUGGUUUCAGCAACACGUUCAGUAGUCGCUCCAACCAAAGUUCAGACUGUACACCCCGUGCGCGAAGCUUACGCCACAUUCCCAAGGAUUGGAUGCCGACAAUUGACUCUACCUGGUCGAGGAUUGACGAAGAACAUAUAGGCUUGCACAAUAGGUCAGGAUCACGGACGAAUCUGUACGGAAUCUCUGAGUCGCAUGCCGGAAAAGACGAGGUACGCGUGCAGCGUGCACUAGAUGUCACUGUCUCGAGCGAUGGACAUCCUAAAAACCGAAAUUGA